AGUUCUCCGGUUCACUCUACCCACGUCACUCUUUCUGUAGCUCAGCUCAGAGGCUCCUUUCUCUCUCUCUCUUUUCCAUUUGUUCAUUCGUUCCGACUACUCCAUCAGCAGUCAUGAGUUACAGACCGUCCAACAGUCACAUCUCCUUCCAACGCACCAUGCCCGUGUCCUCCUACCGGGCCGCCAGCACCUAUGGCGGGGCCGGCGGCCAGGGCACCCGCAUCUCCUCCGCAGCCUACGGGGGCCUCCGCAGCGGUGCCCCAGCCGGCUCUUCCUCCUACUCCUCAUCCUCCUUUAAGGUGAGCGGCGGUGGUAUGGGCACGGGCAUUGGUGGUGGCAUGGGUGCCGGCAUGGGCGGCAUGGGUGGUCUAAUCAACGCUGCGGCAGUAGGUGGUGGCAGUGGUCACGUCAUGGGCAACGAGAAGGGGGCCAUGCAGAACCUGAAUGACCGCCUGGCCAACUACCUGGAGACGGUGAGGAACCUGGAGCAGGCCAACGGACAGCUGGAGGUGAAGAUCCGAGAGGCCCUGGAGAAGGGAGGACCGGACGCCCGCGACUAUAGCAAGUACAGCACCAUACUGGACGACCUGCGCAAGAAGGUAUUCGAUGCGACAGUGGACAACGCUAGUAUUGUCCUCCAAAUCGAUAAUGCUCGCUUAGCUGCAGAUGACUUCAGAGUAAAAUUUGAAUCUGAGUACAGCAUUCGUCAGUCAGUGGAGGCGGACAUUGCUGGGCUGAAGAAGGUCAUCGAUAACACCAACAUGGGCAGGAUGAAUGUGGAGAGUGAGAUCGAGGCCGUGAGGGAGGAGCUCAUCUUCCUCAGGAAGAACCAUGACAAUGAGGUGAUGGAGAUGAGGACCCAGAUAUCCCAGUCAGGGGUGCAGGUGGACGUGGACGCCCCUAAAGGUCAGGACCUGAGCCUGGUGAUGGAGGAGAUGAGGGCCAACUACGAGAAGAUGGCUCUGAAGAACGCAAAGGACCUCAAAAUGUGGCACGAAAACCAGAUCUCAGACGUACAGGUGCAGGUAUCCCAGAACACAGAGGCCCUGCAGGGGGCCCAGAUGGAGAUGAGCGACCUACAGAGACAGUUACAGACCCUCGAGAUCGAGCUCGCGUCCCAACAGAGCUUGAAAUCCUCCUUGGAAGAUACCUUGCGCAACACAGAGAUGCGCUCCAACAUGGAGGUGGAGAAGUACAAUGCUAUCCUCAUCCGUCUGGAGGGUGAGCUGACCAACCUGCGGGGCAACAUCCAGCAGCAGGGCCAGGAGUAUGAGGCACUCCUCAAUAUGAAGAUGAAGCUGGAGGCCGAGAUCGCCACCUAUAGGAGCCUGCUCGAUGGGGGAGACUUCAAGCUCCAAGACGCUAUGGAUGAACUGAAAGCAUAAGGGAAUGAGGGCGGACAAAAGUGAUGACCAAUUGUAAACUUCAUGGAGAGAGAGAUAUACACCCACAGACGCAGAGGAGUCAAACCCAUCAAAUGGGCAUAACAUCGUGUCAUAAAAAAAUCAUAACAACAACAAAAAAUCAAACUUUGAUGCAAUAAAUGCAAUGGUUACCAUUUAA